AUGGCCCAACGAAGAAUCAUGAAAGAUCUGACUCAACUUCAACAAAAUCCGUUGGAGGGCAUACGGGCAGGACCAGUCGGAGAGGAUAUUUUUAAUUGGAAUGCCUACAUUGAUGGUCCCGCCGAUUCACCCUAUGAAGGAGGAGUCUUCAAAUUAAAAAUCAACUUUCCAGUAGACUAUCCCUUCACCUCUCCUAAAGUACACUUUGUUACACCUAUUUAUCAUCCCAAUGUAAAUACUGAUGGAAAGAUUUGUCUAACUAUAUUAGAUAAGGAAUGGAAUCCAGCAGUCAAUAUUUCUCAGGUUUUGAUGACAAUUCAAUUACUAAUGAAAGAACCCAAUCCAGAAAGCGCCGUUCUUCCAAGUAUUGGAAAACAGUACGAAAAUGACAGAGAGACAUUCAACAAGGAAGCAAGAAAACAUACCCAAGAGAAUGCUUUCAAUACCGUUGAAGAAUAA